GAAUGAGAUGGCGCCUUACAGAGGGGCGGGGGGACCGGCAGCCAAUGGGUGGCACCGUGAGUGCGGCGGCUCGCUUUUUGAAUUGGCGGCGGCCGCUCAUGGCGGACUGCAGCGGGCGGCGCCGGCGGUGUUGAAGAGAGAAGCAAGGCAUAAUCAUGGCUGACAACAGCACGCUGGUGUCUGAGACCGGGAGGAGCCUCUUGGCUGAUUCUUCUGUUCUUGAUUCAAAAAUUAUAGAAACCUCCAAAGACAAUGUGUUUACUGGGUCUGUUUUGGAUGUUGAAGAAGAAAUGCCUCAAAUAGAAACAAGAGUGGUUUUGGUUCAGGAAGCAGGGAAGUGUGAGGAGCUUCUGAAAGCCUUGGAGGAAAUUAAAGUGCCUUAUAUAAAGACAGACACAAUAGAAGAGCUUGGAGAUUCUGAUUCCCCAGAGUUUGAGACUGUCUUCGUUGUAUCAGACUUCCAAGAUUCCAUCUUUCCCAACCUUUGCAAAGCCGACUGCCGUGUCAUUGGACCGCCGGUCGUACUGCACUGUGCACAGAAGGGAGAGCCUUUACCUUUCUCCUGUCGUCCACUGUACUGUGCGAGUAUGUUGAACUUGGUACUGUGCUUUACAGGAUUCAGAAAGAAAGAAGAAUUAGUUAAGCUGGUGACCUUGGUUCAUCAUAUGGGUGGAAUUAUUCGAAGGGACUUCAGCUCAAAAGUUACACACCUGGUGGCGAACUCAACACAUGGAGACAAAUUCAGAAUUGCUGUAAGCCUUGGUGUUCCUAUCAUGAAAACUGAGUGGAUUUAUAAAGCCUGGGAGAAAAGAAAUGAAAUUGAUUUCUGUGCAGCUGAUGAUGACUUUAGAAGUCAGUUCAAGGUUCCUCCCUUCCAGGAUUGCAUGUUAAGUUUCCUGGGAUUCUCUGAUGAUGAGAAAGCCAACAUGGAAGAAAUGACAGAAAUGCAAGGAGGACAUUAUUUACCUGUUGGUGAUGAAAGAUGUACGCACCUAGUGGUUGAAGAAAGUACAGUAAAAGAUCUUCCAUUUGAACCUUUAGGAAAACUUUAUGUUGUAAAGCAAGAGUGGUUUUGGGGAAGCAUUCAAAUGGAUGCCAGAGCUGGAGAGUCCAUGUAUUUAUUUGAGAAGUCAGAGAGUCCUGACUUCAAGAAGUCUGUGUCUCUGCUUUCCCUGAACACUCCAAACAGCAACCGCAAAAGGCGCCGUUUGAAGGAGACUCUUGCACAACUGACCAGGGAAACAGACGUGUCCCCGUUCCCUCCCCGGAAACGCCCCUCAGCUGAACACUCACUCUCCAUUGGGUCCUUGCUGGAUAUUUCCAACACUCCAGAGUCAGGCACCACCGAUGGAGAAACACCAAAAUCCUGUGCAAGGCCUUCCAAAAACUCAACUCCUCUUCCACUAAAGCAGUCUGCAAGAUGGCAGGUUGCAAAGGAAUUGUAUCAGACAGAAAGUAACUAUGUUGAUAUUCUAACAACAAUCAUUCAGUUAUUUCAAGUUCCACUGGAGAAGGAAGGACAACUUGGGGGACCAAUCCUUGCACAGGAAGAGAUUAAGACCAUAUUCGGCAGCAUUCCAGAUAUUCUUGAUGUGCACACUAAAAUCAAGGAAGACCUGGAAGAUCUUAUGAUAAAUUGGACUGAAAGCAAAAGUAUUGGUGAUAUCAUUCUUAAAUAUUCAAAAGACUUGUUGAAAACAUACCCUCCAUUUGUGAAUUUCUUUGAAAUGAGCAAAGAGACUAUUACAAGAUGUGAAAAGCAGAAGCCAAGGUUUCAUGCCUUUCUAAAGAUAAAUCAAGCUAAACCUGAGUGUGGCCGCCAAAGUCUGGCUGAACUCCUUAUCCGUCCUGUUCAAAGGCUGCCCAGUGUUGCUCUACUACUAAAUGAUAUUAAGAAACACACAGCAGAAGAGAACCCAGAUAAAAUAACUCUAGAGAGAGCUAUUGAAUCAUUAAAGGAAGUGAUGACGCAUAUUAAUGAAGACAAAAGAAAAACAGAGGCACAAAGACAGUUCUUUGAUGUUGUUUAUGAAGUUGAUGGAUGUCCGGCCAAUCUCUUGUCCUCUCACCGAAGCUUAGUUCAGCGUUUGGAAACCGUAGCACUUGGUGAUGACCUCUGUGACAGGGGAGAACAGGUCACACUCUUUCUGUUCAACGACUGCCUAGAGAUCGCGAGGAAACGGCAUAAAGUCAUUGGAGCUUUCAAGAGUCCACAUGGCCACACGAGGCCUCCUGCAUCUCUCAAGCAUGUUGUUCUCAUGCCCCUCUCCCAGAUCAAGAAAGUCCUGGACAUCAGAGAGACAGAAGACUGCCAGAAAGCUUUUGCCUUGGUUGUGCGGCCACCUACGGAACUCAACAACAAGCUGCUCAGUUUCCAGAUGACAACUGAAGAGCCUCGCAAGGAGGACUGGCUGAAGACGUUGUGUCGGCACGUGGCCAACACUAUUUGCAAAGCAGAUGCAGAAAAUCUCAUUUACACUGCUGACCCUGACUCAGUUGAAGUAAAUACUAAAGAUAUGGACAGUACUUUGAGCAGAGCAUCCAGGGCGAUAAAGAAAACAUCCAAAAAGGUUACAAGAGCGUUCUCCUUCUCAAAAACACCGAAGCGAGCUCUCCGAAGGGCUUUGAUGUCCCACAGCGCCACAGAGGGAAGGAGCCCCAGCUCAGCAAACGAGGGUUACAUCGGCAGCCGCCUGACGAGCACGGCGUCGUUAGCGGGUAUUCCUUCUCCUUCCUUGGUCAGCCUUCCCUCAAUUUUUGAAAGGAGGAGUCGCACAUUAAGCCGAUCAACAACCCACUUGAUAUGAAGCAGGUUGAAAAGACACUGCUGUGUGGAAGUGACUGACAAGCAGCUGGCUGGUCACUGACCUGUUACUGACAUUAAUGGUACCUUAGUCAUUAGCACUUAGCCAUGAUUAGCAAAAUGUUAGAUAACACUAAGUUAAUCACAAGGGGUUUUUAGUUGUACUGAAGCAGAUCAGCUGAUCAGUGGAAUAAGUGACUUGGCCUUCAUUUAAACUCAGUGUUCCCUUGCACAAAUUUAUUUUCUCACCAACAUAACUGAAACACUUUCAUCAGUGGAAAUUGUCCCCUCUAGGCAAUAAACUGGUUUGUCAGAUCUUGAAAUGAAGAUGAUGAUCACAUAAUUUACUGCUAGUUUGGAUGACUCUUAAUGCUUGCCUAACUUCAUCAAUUGGCAGAGCACUCUAAUAUUUGAAUUGUGGAUUUCUUAAAUGGAGAUGCAUUAUGAAGUACCUGACCUUUCAAGUAUGACAGUUAACCUGUUGUACAGCUGCUUAUUCCAGAUAUUUUAUAAAUGUAGUUGUUUAUAAUUAAAUAGAAUUGAGUUCUGUGAUUAUGGUCUCCUGCAGCCUCACUGUACCACAGUGAUAUGAACAGGAGGUUUAAAGGCAAUGAGGAGCUUUGACCGCCAAAAAUGAUUAACUGAAUUCUUUUUAAUUGCUUUGAAGUAGAAAUCUGAGGAAAAGAAUUACACUCCCUUAUACUAGGGCUGUUAAAAAACCAAACCCCCAAGCUCCACACCUUCCCCAUAGUUGGUUGAUGAAUCAUAAUUUAAUGCAUGGGAUUAUUGGUGUGACAUUGUAACUUGAGGGUCCAAUUCUGGUGUGUCAGAUUUCAGGUGUAAUACUCCUAAGGCUUUUACCUGGCUUUCUCCUGUAUUUAUGUCUUCCUUCAAAAGUGUAUGUUCACCUUUUUCAUCUCUGAACAGUUUGUACAAUGCAAUGCUAUCCCAAGAACUAUCUAAAUAUGUAUAUUUCUGCAUUUCAUUAACAGUUCAACUGUCGGUAUUAGCAGGAGUUCACAGCUUCUGGUUGCUUUUUAACCACCUGUGUUUUGUCUUGUAUCUAUAUGUAACUAGUGAUGCUUCUGAAUGUGUCAGACUGCACUGUUUUUUAUAUCUUUGCCAGUCUAAGCAAUGUAAAUAAAACUGUUUAAAAUAACACUGCUUCUGGCUUUGCUAAACAGGCUUUUCUCAAAGUUUACUUUUUUUACAUGGAAAAAAAAAGCAAAGCAUCUGAUUAUCUAUAUAGCUAUUCCUAAUAAAGUAUACCACUUGGUAGGCCUGAGUCUUUUUUAUUUUGUUUUUCUUAAUAUAUUCACAUUUCUCCCCUGGAUAUGUGUAUCCAUGGGGGUUUUUUUGUCCUUAUUCACUCAAAAUAAGCACCUGAGCUAAAUAUGCACUGACACAUGAUAAAGUGUCUAGAAAAUAAGCUAUUCAAUAAAUACUAUGCUAAAAAUCAA